GAGGAGGUGAAGGUGAAGAUGAAGGAGCUGAACGAGCACAUCGUGUGCUGUCUGUGUGCCGGGUACUUCAUCGACGCCACCACCAUCACCGAGUGCCUGCACACCUUCUGCAAGAGCUGCAUCGUGAAGUACCUGCAGACCAGCAAGUACUGCCCCAUGUGCAACACCAAGAUCCAUGAGACGCAGCCGCUGCUCAACCUGAAGCUGGACCGUGUCAUGCAGGACAUUGUGUACAAGCUGGUGCCCGGCCUGCAGGAGAGUGAAGAGAAGAGGAUCCGGGAGUUCUACCAGUCCCGCGGCCUCGACCGGGUGACGCAGCCCAGCGCUGCCUGCCGACUCCUGACAGCAAAGUCAAUAAGCGGCAGCGCUGGGAGCUGCGCUGGGAUCGAUGGCUGCAGCUCAGCUGCCAGCUCAGCCACGUGCCUGCCCUGCUGCCACCCCGACCGUGAUGGGAAGCACGGGGUGCUCGGAUCAGGGCGGCCCCCACCUCUAGGGUGGGAUGAGAGCCAUCGGGGCUGUGUGCCAGGCUGUGCCCAGGGGGGUGGCAACAGGGUUACGGCCCCUGGGCGUGCACAGGAGCCCCCGGGCUGCCCCUUCUCUUUCCUCUGCAGCUCCAGCAAGGACAAGAGCAAGGCUGUUCUGCAGCAGAAGUACGUGAGGUGCUCCGUGCGGGCGCAGAUCCGGCACCUGCGGAGGGUCCUCUGCCACCGCCUGGGGCUGCAGCUGCAGCACGUGCAGAUCCUGUUCAACGGCGAGGCGCUCCCCGACCACAUGACAAUGAAGCAGCUCUGGCUCUCACGCUGGUUUGGCAAGCCUGCACCGCUCCUGCUGCACUACAGCAUCAAGGACAAGAGGAGGUAGGGGCUGGGGGCGG